AUGCUCGAGCGAACCCGACGCGAGCAAAUAAAGGCUAGCGAAUGGCUCACCCCAAAGGCAUCGCCAUCACUCGCAGCCGCUGACCGAGGCCGCUGCCACGCCACGGCUGCCGAGCGGCCGAGCUGCAAGGCUAGACGGCCCGCGCCAUCACCCGCCUGGCCAGCACUGUCGAUCCCCGACGAUCCCGACCUUCCACGACUAGUGCGCUACCGGAAGCCAUCCUUGCGCACCACCUGGCCGGCUGGAGGGAUGCAGACGGCAAAGGGCAAGGCCGAGGCUUCCGAACGCAAGGCAAAGGUCUUUGCCCUCCCCCGCGACCUCGAGAGACGAGAUGCAAAGCAGCUGACGGUCGAUGCCCUCCCAGCUCGCCGCUUCCUAUCAGCAACUGUUGGAGUGCGUCCCGGCCAUCAUCCGCUCGUCCGCCCUGCACAUGCUGACUCCCGCAGCGAGUUCUCGAGCCAUGACCUCAAAUCCGUCGGCAACUACACCCUCGGACGGCUGAUCGGAAAGGGCUCCUUUGGCAAGGUCUAUCUAGCCUCGCACAAGCUCAUCAAUGGCUCCAAGGUCGUCCUCAAGUCGGCCCACAAGGAUGACUCGAACCUCGCCCGCGAGAUACACCACCACCGCCAGUUUGUUCACCCGCACAUCGCAAGGCUAUACGAGGUCAUUGUGACGGAGAAGCUCGUCUGGCUGGCGCUGGAGUACUGCUCCGGCGAUGAGCUCUACAACUACCUGCUCGAACAUGGGCCUCUCCCGGCCCACAAAGUCCAGAAGAUAUUUGCCCAGCUGGUCGGGGCCGUCACCUACGUCCACGCCGAGUCGUGCGUUCACCGCGAUCUGAAGCUCGAAAAUAUCCUCCUCGACAAGCACGAAAACGUCAAGCUCGUCGACUUUGGCUUCACGCGCGAGUACGAGGGCCGCUCCAAUCAUCUCCAGACCUUUUGCGGCACCAUCUGCUACGCGGCACCUGAGAUGCUGAGGGGGGAAAAGUAUGCGGGCGAAAAGAUUGACGUCUGGAGCUUGGGCGUCAUACUGUACGCCCUGCUCUGCGGCGAGCUGCCCUUUGACGACGACGACGACAACGUCACGCGGACCAAAAUCCUCUCGGAAGAUCCACCAUACCCCAGCCACCUCCCGGCCGAUGCCGUCCCGCUGCUCAAGUCUCUGCUCUCGAAACGACCGUUUCCCCGUCCUAGCCUGCAGGACAUCCUCGCCCACCCGUUCCUUGCCGAGCAUGCGCCUGCGCAGCAAGAGAUCCUAAAUAUCAAAGCGCACCCUCCUUUCUCCACCCUGUUGGAGAAGGAUUGUCUGCAGAGGCUGCGAAGCGCUGGCGUCGACAGCGACUCUGUCGUCGAGAGUGUCCUCGCCCAAAAAUGCGACGUCCUGUCCGGCUGGUGGAAGCUGCUGCUGGAGAAGGAGGGGCGCAAGAUGGUGCGUCGGGAGAAGCGACGAAAGGAAAAGGAAGUCGAGAGAAGCCUGCGACGGCUGUCGGCGGCGUCGAGCCGACUUGAGCGCAUGACGCCCAUUCUUCAGGAUGUCGAUGAAGACGGCGGCCUCACGAACCACUUCAUCAGGCUCGGUGAAUCGGGCGGGUCGCGAAGGGGCAGGACCAAGCACAGGAGCGGCCAAUUCUUCGCCGACACGGGCAUGUCUGAUCUGCCCCAGCUUCCCGAGGCCAACAGGGAAGGCGGAGGAAUCAUGUAUGAUGAUGUUCCGCCACCUCCCAUCGACAAGGACUCGAUCCGAUCCGUCUCGACCUCCCGGCACCGUCGUCCGAUGCCGCCGCCGAAGGAGGGCGUCCUGCGCAGCGCAAGGUCGCGCGGAUCCACGCUGCAUCUGGUCACCACGUCGGAUGCCGUUUUCAGGGACCUCGGUGCCAGCAACACGGCCAACGCGCCGCCGGCGCAGGAGACGAAUGAGCACCCGAGGACGAAGAAGAAGCCGAGCGAGGCCAUCAUCGCCCACUGGAAGCACUGGACGCACUGGCUCAUCGAGAACACGUCGAGGCGGCGCAGGGGGCACGAGAGGCGCACAAGCCGCAGCACGCCCAACCUGCAGCUCAAGGACGCCAACGGGAACGGCGGCAAACACUCCAGCCCACGGCCGCAGACGAGCAAAUACCCAACCUCGGGCUCUGCCAGCACGCAUGCUACGGCACCGCUUCCGAGGGGUAUCGUGGCGAACGGACAGGGCGCCAAAGGCCAGGGCCAGGGCCAGGGCCAGGGCCACGUCGCCAUCCAAAGCAGCGCUGCCAAGGGCACGACCUCACGGUCCUCGUCCCUGUCGGCGUCGAUACGUCAGAAUUCGAUGCACCAACACCCCCUCCGGCCGCAUGCCGCCGCCGCGAACUCGUUCAGGAGACACUCGAUAUCCCCUUCGCCCCAUACGCCUCGCUCUGCCAUCCGGCGGUCGUCGGCGGGCCUUCGAGGCAGAAAGUCGACAUCAUCCUCGGUCUCGUCGGUGCGAUCCAUGCACCAUCACCACCACUCUCACUCGAAAGCGUCGUCGACGAGCUCGGCAGGGUCCGUGUCGACGAACAAGACGCCGCUCGGCCGUGGACACUCGCCCCACCACUCAGUAAAGAUCCUGCCCGCGACGCCGACGGGAAACACAUUUCCAUCCAACAUUCGUCUCGUGCUGGGCUCGACUUCUCCGGGGUCUCUGCAUCCGUACAACGAGGGGAUGCCUAGCAACCAGUCGCAGACUACGGCAUCGCCAAACCCCUUCUCAUCCGGCGUACUCUUCGCAAAGCGCAAGCGGACCAUUUUCAAGGGCCCGACGCUGAAUUUUGGUAGACAGUCCGCCUCAGGCUCAUGCCCCGCUCCCCACACGCAUUCUCGAACCGGUAGCGGUGCGGCCCGACGUUCGGGCGAGAUUACGAUUCAGGAGGAGGACGAGAACAUGGUGGCGGAGGAGGACGAGGAGGAGAUUGAAGAAGUCGACAUGUUCAGGCCGAUCGUCGGCGGCCCUGGGGAGACGAUCGAGGAGCACAUUAUCGACGACGAACCGAAUUUGCCGUCCAAGAACAACGGCUCAACCUUGUUCGCGGCACGCUUCGAGGACGCGACGGCGGCCCCGGCCGGGCAGCAGUCCCCAUAA